CUAUCGCCCAAGAUGUCGACCAUUCUUCGGACGCUGCGGAACCUGCGCAGAAUCGGACUCAAGGAUUAUGGCCACCAGUUGCACUACAUCGGUGAUACCAAAGCUGGUACCUUGAUUGGCACCGAUCGAUACGGCAACAAGUACUUCGAGAACAUGGAGGAGGAGCUUCCCCUCCGAACACGAUGGAUCGACUACAAGGAAGACCAAUACGACCCUUCGCAGAUUGAGCCUGGCUGGCACGCCUGGAUCUCCUACUUGGUGGAUGCUCCUCCCACCGCAGACAAGAUCAUGCAGACCGGUGUUCGCACCUGGGAGUUGCCCGAGCACAGGCCCACCAUGACCCUCACCCGUGGUGCCUUCAAGACCUACUCGACCGUCAAGCCCAAGUACUCUGCUUGGAACCCCGUCGCAGCUCCGCGGUAAAUCAGGUAUUGCUUAGCAAGAAAAUCU